CUUCAACUACCAAUUCUCAGAGAAUGGCAUCCUAUCAUCGUGUUUUGCGGACCUUUGAUCGAAGUAUAGACGACAAGAUCAUUGAAUGCGAUUACGACAUCCACCCAUGGGAUAUUCUCAUUGACAAGGAGCGGUGGCCUGGCAAGGUACGGCUCAUCGGCUACAUUGAUGUGUUCUUCUUGAUAUGCUAUUCGGGAGAAUCGCGGUUUGAACAUGGCAUCAUCAUUUAUAAGGAUGAUGAAGCCAUUCGGCAGCUGUUAAAGAAGGCAGGCUUGAAAGCCGACGACGAGUCUAUCAAGCUUGAGUGUAUUAAUAACGAAAAGGAUGAAGCCCUGCGAAAAUACUACUCGUUAAACACCGAAGAAGAUGGUAAUAAGCACACAAUUAUCAGCUUAGGCCAUCCCAUUGGCUUGGCAAUAAAAUAUCGGAAGUCGCAGCUUAAAAAGUAUACCAUUAGCCUGCACAAGGGACACACUCCAGCAAUGCAGAAAGAAAUACAGCGUGGCGUCAUGCAACACGGGAUAACGAGGUUGAUUAGCGACGCUCUUAAACUUGGCGUGGUCUCGACAGCUGGGCUUAUAAGCAAGAUUAAAGGAACUAUUGUCAGCGGUUCAAGCCUUGAGACAACGACAACGAAAUCCAUCAAUGCACUUACUGCUACGAAUGCCCACAACGUUACUUUAUCGGCUGAUCAAACUUGAGGCCAUGGUAGGGCGAGGAACUGUUUCAAAGUGUCAAAGGUAUCGCAAAUAGAAGGAAUCGCUGGGGUCAAUUAGUGGAUAUCUUAGCAUGGGCACUGUAUUAUGGCGAUAUAACGAAUCAAUCCACCAUUGACACAUAUCUGGCUUUAUGAAGCAAAAGAAUGGAAACAUAUCUUCUUGUAAUUAUAUGAUGCUAUACAAAGGUCAAUUCGU